AUGACAGAAGUUACAAAUUCAAAUAUAAAUAAAAAAGUACCAGUAACAUUAAUUACAGGAUUUUUAGGUUCUGGAAAGACAACAUUUUUAAAUUAUAUUUUAAAUGAAAAUCAUGGUAAAAAAAUAGCAGUAAUUCAAAAUGAGUAUGGACAAUCGAUUGGUAUUGAAACAGCAAUGAUUGUGGAUUCCAAUGGUGAAAAGAUUCAAGAAUGGUUAGAAUUUCCAAAUGGUUGUAUUUGUUGUACUGUAAAGGAUGAUUUCUUACAAUCAAUAGAAGAUCUCCUAAAAAGAUCAGAUAAAUUUGAUUAUAUAUUAAUUGAAUCUACAGGUAUGGGUGAUCCUGGUCAAAUUUCAGCAUCACUUUGGGUAGAUGAAGAAUUAGAGUCUCCAAUUUAUUUCGAUAGUAUUAUAACAUUAGUUGAUUCAAAACAUAUUGAAAAACAUAUUGAAAAAUCAAAAUUAAAUAGUAAUGCCAACAACAAUAAUAAUAAAAAAGUGGAUGAUGAAGAUAUUGAAAUUCAUGGUACAGAUAUUAAAUAUUAUUCAACAGAAGUUGAAAGACAAAUUGCAUUUGCUGAUAUUAUUUUAUUAAAUAAGAUUGAUUUAUUGGAUCAAUCAAAUUUAAAUAAUGAAAUUAAAACCAUUACAGAAAGGAUUAAAUCAAUUAAUCCAAUAGCAAAGAUUAUUACAACUGAAAGAUCAGUUGUUCCAUUAGAUAAAGUUUUAGAUGUUAAAGCUUAUAAUCCAAAUAUCGAAUUAUUAAAAGAGUAUUUAGAUCAAUUUCAAAAAGGUCAAAAUAGUAAUAAUCAACAUCAACAUCAACAUAAUAAUAAUGAAGAAUCAUCAUCUUGUAAAGAAUGUUCAUUAACAAAUACUAGUAAUCAUAGUAAAUUUAUAAAUACAGUUUGUAUAACAGAAGAUGGUGAUAUAGAUUUAACAGAAUUCAAUAGAUGGAUUGGUAAUUUAUUAUGGGAAGAAAAGAAAGAUUGUAUAUUUAGAUGUAAAGGUUUAAUCUCUGUUAAAGGUCAAGAUGAAAAAUAUAUAUUACAAGGUGUUUAUGCAACUUUUGAAGUUUUACCCUCUGGUUUACUUUGGUCUAAAGAUGAAAAAAGACAUAAUAAAAUCGUUUUAAUUGGUGAAUCAUUAAAUCAAAAUGAAUUAGAACAAUCUUUUAAAAACAAAUUAUUAUAA